UAAGAGCAGGAAGGAGGGGCGUGUACACAUGUGCACUUGUCUCUCAGUAUUUCCUGGUACAGUACAGUACAGUACAGGAAGUGUCUGUACGUUGUAGAGGGUGGACUUGACUACAGCUGACUGACCACCACUACCUAAAAGAUUUAUCAAAAUGAUCAUGGGAUCACACACCCUUGGAUGGGCCCUUACAUUUUUACUGUGCUUUACAUUAAUUAAUGAAACUUGGGGAGAAUGUGGUCUCCCGGAACGAAUCUCAUAUGCAGAGCCUAAACCAGGUGCUCUUGAUCAGAGCACCUUUCCUCCUGAUGCAACAGUGUCCUAUGAUUGUAGGCCAGGCUAUAUACGGGUUCCUGGCACGAAAAAUUCAAUAACCUGCUUGGAGGAUGGUACAUGGUCUACUCCUGAAGUAUUCUGCCAACGUAGAUCAUGUGGAAAUCCUGGAGAAGUGUUAAAUGGGCAAAUGGAGGCUACAGACUUUUUAUUUGGAUCUACAGUGAAAUAUACAUGUGAUGAAGGGUUUCGUUUAUUGAGCAAACGAAAUGUCAGAGAAUGCCUAGCAGAUGGAACGUGGAGCAAUGAACUUCCUCAAUGUGAUGCUGUAUUAUGUGCUGCACCAGAAUCGCCAGCUAAUGGAGAAUUUAAUCCACAAAAAGAUGAGUACACAUAUUUUGAUUCUGUAACAUUUUCAUGCCAGAAGCCUUUAGAAGUCGCGGGCACUGCUUCUAUAUCUUGUACAGGAACGGGGGAGUGGAGUUCCAAUUCUCCUACAUGUAAAGCUGUAAAUUGCGCUAAUCCAGAUGUUAGAAAUUCAAGAAGACUGUCAGGGUUCACUGGCCCAUAUAAAUUGAAUUCUGCUAUAUCGUUUGAGUGUGAUAAAGGCUUCUUUCUGAGGGGGUCCAGUUCAAUCUCAUGCAACAUUGAUAGUCAGUGGGUACCUGCAAUUCCACAGUGUGAAAGUAGUAAAACUGUAAAUUGCGCUAAUCCAGAUGUUAAAAAUUCAAGAAGACUGUCGGGGUUCACUGGCCCAUAUACAUUGGAUUCUGUUAUUUCGUUUGAGUGCAAUAAAGGCUUCAGUCUGAGAGGAUCCAGUUCAAUCUCAUGCAACAUUGAUAGUGAGUGGGUACCCGAAAUUCCACAGUGUGAAAGUAGUAAAACUGUAAAUUGCCCUAAUCCAAAUGUUAAAAAUGCAAGAAAUCUGUCAGGGUUAACUGGCCCAUAUACAUUGGAUUCGGUUAUAUCGUUUGAAUGUGAUGAAGGCUUCGUUCUGAAGGGAUCAAGCUCAAUCUCAUGCAAAAGUGAUGGUCAGUGGUUACCCGCAAUUCCACAGUGUGAAAGUGAAAAUGUCCCUGUUUGGCUAAUUGUCGUCAUAGUCAUUGGAGUCGCAGUCGCUGGAGUGAUAUUUGGCGUUGUGCUAUGCAAAUGUGUCAGCAAAAGGCAAAAAAGAGGUGAUUAUUAUUGUUCCGUAAAGACAGACAAGUUUGCGGCGUCUGUAGAGCCAGAGCUGUGAAUCAGAUAUAUAAUAAAAAAAACACGUACAAGGAAGAUGCAGCCUGAAACCCCUGUGCAAUAUAGCCAUUGCAACGCAUAAAUACCGAAAAAGCGGAAGAAAAUAUUUGAUGUCUGAAUGUAAACCAAAAAUAUUUUCUAUGCACUGAGUGCCACAUUUUCUGUGUACUUAAUUAUGUCUUUUUAUAAUGUGGACAUGGAAUCCAUUUUGAAGGACCCUACUGAUUGAACUGUCUUUGUUCGCAUACAGCUAAAUGUGUUUAAAUGUUAUUUCUGUUAGACCAGCA